AAUAAAAUACUUGGAAGGUACUUUUUUCAGUGUCUGAGUAGCUAGGAUAAGUUUUCCUCCCAUAUACGCGUGAGGCCAUCGAGGAUGCUGAUGAUGUUUGCACUGAAAUGUGUUUGUUUGAGUUUUGUUGGUGUGUUGAGUUCAUGUUGGGUUGUGCAAGGGUCAAAGCGUUGUGAGUACCCAGCAAUUUUCAACUUUGGCGACUCAAACUCAGACACCGGAGCCAUUUCUGCUGCAUUCACCGUUGUGCUUCCUCCCAAUGGACAAAACUUCUUGGGAAGCCUCUCCGGAAGAGCUUGUGAUGGCCGUCUCAUAAUUGAUUUCAUUACUGAAGAAUUAAAGGUACCAUACCUGAGUGCUUAUUUGAACCCGGUUGGAUCCAAUUACAGGCAUGGAGCCAACUUUGCCACUGGAGGCUCGUCGAUUCUUCCAGGUGGUUAUAGUCCUUUCCAUCUUGGCCUUCAAAUAUCACAGUUCAUACAGUUCAAAUCCCGCACCAGAAUCCUCUUCUAUCACCCUUUGGUUAACAACAGAACAGAACUCUCUUUUAAAAACAAUAUUCCAAGGCCUAAUGACUUCUCUAGAGCCUUAUAUACUUUUGACAUUGGACAAAACGAUCUUGCAUAUGGUUUUCAGCACACGUCAGAGGAACAAGUUCGAGAAUCUAUUCCUAAUAUCUUGAGGAAUUUUUCACAAUUAAUACAGCAAUUAUACAAUGAGGGAGCAAGACUAUUCUGGAUUCACAACACAGGCCCCAUUGGGUGUUUGCCCUUCAAUUUCCUUUCUUAUGAGUCAAAGCAGGGUAACCUCGAUGCUAAUGGUUGUGUCAAACCAAAUGAGAUUGCUCAAGAAUUUAAUAGCCAACUCAAGGUCCUAACAUCUCAAUUGAGAACAAAUCUUCCUCUGGCCAAAUUCACUUAUGUUGAUGUGUAUAAAGCAAAAUAUGAACUUAUCAGUAAUGCAAGGAAGCUAGGUUUUGUCAAUCCUAUGAAGUUUUGCUGUGGUAGUUACCAUGGUUACCAGAUAACUUGUGGGAAGAAAAGCACAGAAAAUGAAACAUUUUAUGGAAAUGCAUGCAAAGAUUCAUCUCAACUCAUUAGCUGGGAUGGCAUUCACUACUCUCAAGCCGCAAACCUCUUGAUUGCAAAAAAAAUUCUUUCUGGAACGUUCUCUGAGCCCCCAAUUGACAUUAGGCAGGCGUGUUUCUAACCAUAACUCAAGCAUAGUUUUAUUCUCUGUGUGCACUUCAAAAAUUGUCCUAUACAAAUAUUCAAGAAAUGAAGGGUGUUGUUUGAUUAGUCA